AUGCGCCUCCACACGUUCACGCUCGUCGUGUUCACUGCGGUUCUAGCACACAGCGCGAACUCUACGAAGACGUCCAACUCGACGACGACGGAAGGUGCUCCCCCGGCAAGUCUUCGUUCCUCUGACGCGUGCUGCGAUGACGUCCCUGUUGAGCAGAGGCUGGGUCCACACGAGACCACGGCGGUCGAAGAGAGGAUGCCAGAGCCAUGGAUUCCAUCAUCAAUUAACAGCGCAGUUGCUCGUCUCGUGGAAAAGUUGCAUGCGCAAUAUCCGGUGGAGCUCGCGGUCGAGAACUUUCCUGUAAACGUGUUGCGAGAAUUCGAUGAGAAUGCUAUCCGACACCUUUUUCGUUCAGAAUCGGCACACAUGACAACAGAGCAGCUGCCGGAACACGCUCAAAUUGUUGAUCGCUGGCUGCAAAACAAACUCGAAAAAGGACCCAGACUGAUCGCAGAGGCUCGCCAAGUAUUUCUUGCACAUGAGGCGGAAAUGGGAGCAACGGUUCACCAAGAUUUUUUUGCACGUCAGGCGGAAAUGGGAGUGGAAACUCCCCAAUAUUUUCUUUCACUCCAGGCGGAAAUGACAGCAGAUGGUCACCAAUUUAUUCUUGCAGACCAGGCGCAAACAUUAGUUAAGGCUCACGAAAUGAUUCUCAAACACCAGGAGAUAAUGAUAGCAAAGACUCGCCAAGAUUUUCUUGCACACCUGGAGGAAACGACGGCUCAGGCUCGCCGUUCUUUUAUUGGAAUCGAGGCGGAUUUGACAGCUAAGGCUCACAAAUAUGUUCGUGCAUACGUGGCGAAAACGACGGCUCAGGCUCGCGACUUUUUUCUUGCAAACCAGGCUAAAAUGACUGCAGAGGCUCGCGAUUCUUUUCUUGCACACCAGGCGGAACUGACAGCUAAGGCUACCCAGUCUUUUCUUGCAAACCAGGCGAGAAUGACUGCAGCGGCUCGCGAUUCUUUUCUUGCAAACCAGGCGGAAUUGACAGCUAUGGCCACCCAGUCUUUUCUUGCACACCAGGCGAAAAUGACAGCACAGGCUCACCAGUCUUUUCUUGCACACCAGGCGGAACUGACAGCUAAGGCUCACCGAUAUUUUCUUGCACACCGGGCGGAAAUGACAGAAGAAGCUCGCCAGUCUUUUCUUGCACACCUGGCGGAAUUGACAGCAAAGGUUGACCAAUCUUUUCUUGCACAGCAGGCGGAAUCAGGAGAAGAGGCAAUAAUGCGAUUUGAGAUGCAUCCCAGUGCGUUGUUCAAAAUCAGGCUCCAGCAAGUCAAGGCUGAUGCAUAUAAGAACGGGGACAGUCGCAAGAAGAACCCUAUUGCAUCCCUGGACCUUGGUAGUUUGGACAGUUACAGGAGAACAUACAACCAUGUCCACGACAGCAAAGAACUUACGUUGCGAAAAGUGAUGUCGAGAUGCAUUGGGGACGAUGCCGAACUCGCAUCCAUCCUGUCGAUCCUGAAUCUCAACAAGAAAAACAAAAAAUAUGUGGCGACCGUGCGAAUGGAGCCUGUUGCGGAGCCGGAGACGGUUGAAGACGCUGCUGUCAAGCUAGGGAUACCACCAGGAACGACGGGAGUCUUAGACGACAAAAACGUGGAGACAUUUGUCCGGUUCACCGCUAUCCUCGCCCGAAAACAUAAAGAUCAACAUUCAGUCAUCGUCGAGCAGCUCACGAAGAGGUUUGGGGGUCGCCAGGCUGCAUUAUUGGUUUAUAAAAUGAACUGGUUAUGGAGAGCUUCAUAUACGGCAUUGAAGAAAGCGCUGUAUGAGUAUUUGAUGAAGAUAGGUACUACUCUUGACAUGCUGCGCGACGAGAUCAUGAAGGCGAGAGAGAAAAGAGCUGUACGACCUGGAAAUGGUGGUCAUAUGAUCGAGGAACGGGGCGAGGAGAGGCUUCUGAUAGAGUAUUCUUUGUAUCCUGAAGAUCAUACGAACCGAAAACGAAAACGGGCAAGUGACACGAGUGCCGGUUCUUCGUGA